AUGGAUUCAUCUACAUCAAAAAAAACGCAUCCUCGUUUAAACUCUUACAAAUAUCAUGGAAAAGAUCCCGAUGAACGUCGACGUUGGCGAAAUCAAAAUACUGUUUCAAUUCGAAAAAUUAAACGUGAUGAACAAAUUCAAGCGAAACGUAAUUUUCAAGCUGAUGAUAGUAUGUCCGACAAAUCAGAGGAUGAUCGAGAACAAAAUCGAUUUUAUAACCUUGAUGAUCUUGUUAUAAAAGCUAAAAGUGAAGAUCCAACAAUACGUUUUGACGCUGUUCGUUCAGCACGAAAACUUUUAUCUAUUGAUCGUAAUCCGCCAAUAGAUCAAUUAAUACAAUAUAAUUUUUUACCAAUAUUCGUUGAAUAUUUAACAUAUGAUCAAUGUUCGGAUUUACAAUUUGAAGCAGCUUGGGCAUUAACAAAUAUUGCAUCAGGUAAUUCCCAGCAAACGCAAGCUGUUGCUGAUGCAAAUGCUUUACCGUAUUUAUUACGUCUUCUACAUUCACCACAUGCAAAUGUUUGUGAACAAGCUGUUUGGGCUUUGGGAAAUCUAAUCGGUGAUGGUCCAAGAUUACGUGAUUAUGCAAUCGAAUUGGGUGUUAUAAAACCAUUAGUUGAAUUUAUUCAAAAAGACAUUCCUGUUACGUUUCUUCGAAAUGUAACAUGGGUUCUUGUUAAUCUUUGUCGUCAUAAAGAACCACCGAUAUCUUUACUUGCCGUUGGAGAUAUUCUACCAGCUUUACAUUAUUUAAUAGCAUAUACUGACAUAACAAUUCUUGUCGAUUGUACAUGGGCAUUAGCUUAUCUACUCGAUUGUGGAAACAAUAUGAUUCAAAUUAUUAUCGAUUCUGGUGUAAUACCACAUAUUAUUAAAUUAUUAAAUCAUAAUGAAUUAAAGAUUGUUACAGCUGCAUUAAGAGCAAUUGGCAAUGUUGUCACGGGUACUGAUGAACAAACACAACUUGUUCUUAAUCAUGGAGCUCUUGCUUAUUUUCCCAAAUUACUCAAACAUCAAAAAGAUAAACUCAACAAAGAAGCUGUUUGGUUUUUAUCAAAUAUAACAGCUGGUAAUCAACAACAAGUUCAAGCCGUAAUAGAUGCGCAAUUAAUCCCCGAUGUUAUUCGUCAUUUACAAUACGGUGAUUUUCAAACACAAAAAGAAGCAGCUUGGUGUAUAUCAAAUUUAACUAUGAGUGGUUCAGCCCAACAAAUUGAGUAUAUCGUUACACAAUAUGUUAUACCUCCUCUAUGUAAUUUAUUACAACAACAGGAUGCACAAAUAAUACAAGUAUGUCUUGAUGCUCUUCAUAAUAUACUUAAACAAACAACAAUAUCAAACCUUGAAGCUCUUACUACAGAGAUAGAAGAAUGUGGAGGUCUGGAUAAAAUUGAACACUUGCAAAAUCAUACAAAUAAAGAUAUAUAUCAACAAUCAUAUGAAAUAAUAGAAAAGUUCUUUUCACAUGAAACCGAUGAUGACAGCAUUUCAACAAUGAAUCAAGCACCAACAACGCCAAAUCCUACUAACGAAUUUUCCUUUGGAAUAAUGAAUUCUAAUCAAGCUGUGCCCGAUAAUAAUAAUGGAAAUAAUGCACAAUUUCAGUUCUAA